AUGGAUGAAGUGUUGAAUGAAAACAAAGUUAUUGCAGCUGAAAGUAAGAAAGUAGCUGAUCGUGAAAAAAUCCUCGAAAUGCGUGUGAAGCGAUUAGAGUCUGACAACAAAGCCUUGUUAAAGAAGAUUGAUACCGAUCAGACUGAGAUUGAUUUCCUGAAGGUGCGAGUGGCUGAACUUGAAGAAGAAAAAGCUCACAGAGAUGAACAGAACAAAUAUUUCGAGAUGAAAAACAAAGAGCUUGAAGCUGCAAAGGCUUUGAAAGAGCAUGAAUUCUACAUGUUGAAUAAAGUUGUUGAAAGUAUGCUUGGAACGUCAAUUGAACAAAGAUUUGAAGAGAUUCAAGUUGAAGAGCUUAGGGCAAAACGCCAAGUGGAGAUUGAUGAACAGAUGAAAGAUAAGGGAAAGGGUAUGGAAGGCAGUGUGGAAGUAGUUGAAAGAUCAAUUGUUCCAUCUCUUGUUAUUGAGAAUUCUGUACCGUUAUCCUCUGUAUCUGGUGUCUUUGAAGAGAAUGUAUCUUUAGAGGAUCUUGCUAGUGAUGAUGAUGAAGAAGAUGAAGAAGAGGAUGUUGGGGAAGAAGGUGAUGAUGAGGAAGAUGACGAUGAGGAGAAAGUUUUUUCUGCUAGCAGUCAUGGUUCUGAUAAUGAUGAUGAUGAUGCUCAAGGUGGUAUGGGAUUAAAAGUAACUGAAGCUUCCAAAGAAAGAACUGUUGAUGAUUUUCUGAACGACAGUGUAAAUGAAGAGACAUGGGGAGCUGCAGGAAAGGGGGAGCAUGGUGAUAAUCAGAAUGUUGAUCAAGUUGAGAAGCUGAUUCUUUGA